AUGCAAGCCGCAAACCGUCUUCAGCAGGCUCUCCGCACCGAGCGCGGUCUCUCCUUUGGCGCAUGGCAGAUGCUUCCCGGGGCGAACCAUGCCCGGUUCAUGGCGCGCACGGGGUAUGACUGGAUCUGCGUGGAUACGGAGCAUGGGAAUAUCGCCGAUGCGCAGAUGCACGAGGCUGUGGCUGCUAUCGCGGCUACGGGAGUGAGUCCGAUUGUGCGGAUUGCUGCGAAUGAGGGGUGGAUGGUGAAGCGGGCGUUGGAUUCGGGUGCUCAUGGAAUCGUCGUGCCGCUGCUCUACACUGCGGAUGAUGCGCGGAAACUGGUCGAUUCGGCCAAGUUCCCUCCCGUUGGCCGGAGGGGUUUUGGCAGCCCGUUUGCCAUGGGUUCGAUUGGGGGCGCUUCCUCGCUGGAGUACCUCCAGGGGGCCAAUGAUGCUCUGCUCACCAUUGUGCAGAUUGAGACCAAGGAGGCUCUUGAGAAUGUCGAGGAAAUCGCCCAAGUGCCCGGUAUCGAUGUCCUGUUCAUCGGCCCCUGGGAUCUCGGAAACAACAUUGGUCGUCCCGUCAUGGGCGAUUUCCAUGAGGAUCUCCAGGCCGCUAUCGAGCGGAUCCGCAAGGUCGCGGUGGAUAAUGGCAAGAGGGCCGGCAUCUACUGCGUGGGUGGUCCAGCGGCGAAGAAGUACGCGGACCAGGGUUUCCACAUGAUCUCCGUCGUCGCCGAUGCUGUCGCGCUGCCGACAUUCCUCGCCAGAUCCCUCGAAAUCGCCAAGGGCACCAAGACUGAUGCCGCCGUUCCCACAUACUAA